AUGUUCCCUAAACCACAACCAUACCCGACUAAACAAAUGAUGUUGAAUGCCGUCAUGUUUCGUCUUUAUAAUCCAUCAUUUCACAAUGUUGUGGCCGUCGCCUAUAACAUGGCCAGGGCAUCGAACAUGGGACCUUUUCCAAAUAAAAGAAUGGGGGAUUCUGCCCUAGACUACCUGCGUGGUGUUUUUGAUCCCUAUGAUCUUGCUACUCAAUGCCAGAUUUUAAAUGAGAAGACGGAGAAUGUUUUGAGCCGUUUGAAUCUAAAUAAUGAUCAGCAGGAGGCAGAGGAUGUGCCUGCUGAUGAGAGGACUAUUUUCUUGACAUUUUCUAAGGGUUAUCCCAUUUCUAAAGUUGAAGUCAGAGAGUUCUCUAGGAAAUGUGGAGUCUUUAUUGAUGGUGUCUUUAUGCAAGAAGUGCCUGCUGAUAAGCAACCAUUGUAUGCGCAUCUUGUGGUUCGUUCUACUUCCUCCAUUCUAAUGUUCUUAAAGGGAAAAACAAGGCCAAAUUCUUCAUCAAUGGGAAGCAUGUUUGGGCAAGGAAAUACGUGCGUAAAUCAAAAUCACCAGCAAAACCAAGUUCACUUGCAACUUCAAUUUAAGUAA